AUGCCACUGUCAAAAGGAUUUGACGUCCAGGAGGACACCAGAACAACCACUUUGAGAGAUACAAAAAACAACGGUGUGCUUGAUGUUUCAAAAUUCAAAUUGGAAGGUGCUUUUUUCACCCGUCUGUUGCCUAAACACAUGUACAACUUUAGACUCCCCAAUAUCGGGCCCACUUUCCAUUCCGAGAACUGUUCCCGAACCUAUGCUCUCGAGGUGAAAAUGGUAUUUGAGUGUGAUUCAAACAAAAGUUGCCGUUCGGAAUAUUCCACGCUUAUAGAUAUCGAUGUUGCAAUUGACGACGUUAAUUCGGAUCUAUUUCCCCCACAACAGGCUGAAAAAGGUCAGGAGUUUUUGUCGUUUCAAACGGCAAAACUAUCGCCAUCCAUCUUGAGUGACGUUGAGAGCUUAAUGGCAAGAUGGCUUCUUCAAGUGAGUCACGAAAGCAUUGGCCAUCAUGCAAGUGCCACAGCCAUAGGCGAUUCUGUUCUUGUCACUACUACAGUUUUCAUUCCAGACGAUUAUAUUGAAGAAAAGACCUUUUCCGGUUGGCGUCCUGGAACGAAAAACAACGACCCUCCUGAGCUCCUUCUAAUACCCUCAAAAGAAGGCUGGAAAAUGGAGGGAGAAGGCACUUGUGAAAAAGCUUUCUUUCCAUCGGAGUUUCUCGCAGUUUUUGACUAUCCUCUUUUUCUGGUCGAGGACGUAACGUACGACCCCACUUUCAAUUUGGAACGCCGUCUAAUUCCAGGAAGACUAGCUUGUCCUGCGAUGUACCUUAGCGAAGUGAUUUCCAUCAGACUUUGGAAGGAUACUGUGUUGCAUGAGAACGUUGAGAUAGUCCAUGUUAAUGUCGAGCUUCAAACGCAAGAAGUACACAGAACCGCCGAAGGAAAACAGGUAAUGAAGACUCAUAAAAGAUAUAUACAAAAGAUGAAGUCCGGGUUACGACUUCACAUGAAAAGAAAAGGCGGAAAAAGGCAAUUAACAAUUCCCGAUGACUUAUUGGAUUGCUUAAUCCCCAUUGUUCCUCCCUCCUUACUCUCGAAUACCAUGAGUCGAGCUUAUUUUGUUUGUGUUGAGGUAAAGGUGAAGAGUUUGGAGCAGAAUACCUGCCAUGAAUUAAGCACUCGAUUUGACUUGCCCAUUGGAAAACCAAGGGACCUACUUUCCAAGGGCCAACCACCGCCAUAUCAAGCCAUAGAAAGCGAGACCGAAGGGGGCACUAGUUUUGAGUCUGCAGAAGAGUCUCUCUAA